UUUUGCUUUGAUCGAACUUAAGCAGAAGAACAAAAACUAACACUCAAAAACUCAACCUCACUUUUGCUCUCUUCUUUCUUCACUCUCGCAAAUUUCCCACCUUCAUUCAUCUCUCUUUAAAAAAACCCUAGAAAUUGAUUUUCUCUCUCCUCCUUCAUCAUUCUGCUACGAUGCAGGAAUUCUCAUCGACAGUUUCCAGCCAUAUCCGCUUUCUUCUUCAGAGCUUGAAUGGAUCCAAUUCUGACGCUGUAUUUCGAGAACUAUGUCAGUUUACGGAACAUGGGUUGGAAGGAAGCUUAUUGAUCCUGCAGAGCUGCUUGGAUUAUAUGAAUUUAUGUGGGACAGAUGUAAAGAAUGUCCAUCUGCACCCAGUUGUAUCUUCAGUAUUUAGAUUCAUUUUGGAUAAACCAAAUUUCAGUACUGUUCUCUGUCAGUGUCUUAAACAUGUCACAAUCAGAGAUGGAUUCCUUGAUGAUUUAUCAAAUGCACUAGGGCUCUCACUUCCUGAAAAAAUUGCCACUGGUCUUGCAUUCUCAGAGUCUGAAAACCCUGAUGCCAGACUGAUUGGGACAAACUUCUGCAUGACUCAGAUUGAGGGGUUGUUUGGCAAUCCCAGCACCAUUGAACCUACUGAGCAAAUCCAGAAUAUCUUUAUGUUCCUUCACCGAUGUGAGGGUCUCUCAAAGCAUGUUGAUACCUUUACGCAGAUGUUGAGUUUGAUGCAGCUGAAAGAGGGGGUCCCACUUGUUUUGUCUCCCCUGCUCCCAGAUGAUCUGAAUGAGACGAAAUUUAUCAGCAGGAGCAUGGAUUUGUUCUAUGAUUCUAAUGAGGACGACUUUGAUGCUAUUGUUGCUGAAAUGGAGAAGGAGAUCAGUAUGGCAGAUGUCAUGAAAGAAUUGGGAUAUGGAUGCACGAUGAGUGCCUCAAAAUGCAAGGAAAUAUUGUCUCUUUUCAUGCCACUUACUGAAGCAACCAUUGCUAGGAUUCUGGGCAUUGUUGUCCGUACUCAUGCUGGUCUUGAGGACAAUACAACUACAUUUUCGUCAUUCCUAUCUGCAAUUGGUAGCAACCCUUUGGCUGAUCUCCCAUACCUCAGUUCUUGGGAUGUUAAUAUUCUUGUUGAGACAAUUCAAUUGCUUGCACCUGAAACCAAUUGGGUAGAAGUCAUGGAGAAUCUGGACCAUGAGGGAUUCCACAUCCCAAACGAAAACGCCUUCGCAUUUUUUAUGACCAUUUACAAGCAUGCCUGUCAGGACUCCUUUCCUCUCCAUGCUAUAUGCGGGUCAGUUUGGAAGAAUUCUGAGGGGCAACUCUCCUUUCUCAAGUAUGCAGUAUCUGCAUCACCUGAUAUAUUUACCUUUGCACAUUCGAUUAAGCAACUGGGUUCUGUUGAUCAAGUCUCUGGUUUGAAAACUCAAUCUGGACAAUCAAAUCAUGCAUGGUUUUGUCUUGAUCUUUUGGAUGUAAUAUGCCAGUUGGCUGAGAGGGGCCAUGCUGCUACUAUUCAGUCCAUGCUUGAGUAUCCUCUUAAGCACUGCCCUGAAGUACUGCUUCUCGGGGUAGCACAAAUCCAUACAACAUAUAAUCUUCUUCAGCAUGAAGUUUCUUCUACUGUUCUACCAAUGAUAAUUGCUAAUGCUAGCAGAAAAGGAGUAAUCCUUCACCUCUGGCACAUCAACCAUCAGUUGGUAUUGCGUGGAUUUGCUGAUAUUCUAGCUAGUGGUUCAGACAGCGUUCACAGGAUUUUAGAUAUAUGCCAGGAAACAAAGAUUCUCAACCAUGUCUUGGAGCGGAUGCCUUUCUCUUUUGCUAUCAAACUGGCUGCAUUUGCUUCUCAAAAGGAGCUUUUAGAUCUUGAGAGAUGGUUAAGUGAUAAUUUAAUGACAAGUAAAGACACUUUCUUUAAGGAAUGCUUUAACUAUAUUAAAGAGAUACAGAGUCAAGCUGUAUCAGAAGAAAAUGCUAACAGGCUGCAUCAAACUGCUUCAUCGGCUAAUCUUGGUUCGCAGAGUGCUCUUGUUAUCUUGAAGGUCCUUCAAGCCAAUGCUCGCACAAUGACCUCCAAAGGUCUUUGUGAUGAAAUCGAGAAAAUGCAUGUAUCUGUGAUGAAUGGCAGUUUGAUUCAGCAGAAUGAUGGGGUGAAUGAUACAUCCUCCUCAAAUACAUAUUCUGAUGAUAUUGAGGCAGAGGCAAAUUCCUAUUUUCAGAGCAUGUUUGCACAACAGCUUACUAUUGAUGAGAUGGUCCAAAUGCUUGGGUGUUUUAAAGAAUCCUCUGAGAAAAGGGAACAAUCCAUUUUUGAGUGCAUGAUCUCCAAUUUAUUUGAAGAGUACAGGUUCUUUCCUAAAUACCCUGAGAGACAGCUUGGAAUUGCUGCUCUGUUAUUUGGCUCUAUCAUCAAGCAUCAGCUAGUUACUCAUCUGCCGCUUGGAAUUGCACUUCGUUGUGUUUUGGACGCAUUACGAAAGCCUGCUGACUCAAAGAUGUUUGCGUUUGGUACCAAGGCUUUGGAACAGUUUGUCAAUCGUCUGGAUGAGUGGCCCCAAUAUUGCAAUCAUAUCUUGCAGAUAUCUCACCUUCGUGGUACUCAGCCUGAACUCGUUGCAUAUAUCGAAGGGGUUCUUACCCGUAAGUCUCAUGGUGGAAACGGUCCUGUUGACCAACUUAAUAUCUCAUCUCUUGGAACAACGGGCAGUGAGAUAAUUGGAUCUACUGCAUCACAAUUGGGGCAAACGCUUUCUUCUCCACUACCGACCCUACCAAGGCCCCCAAUGCUGGUUGAUGAUGGAACUAAGACUUCUUCAAGUCUGAAUAGCUUCACAAAGCCAUUUGUAGCUGCUUCUGCUCAAUCUACUGCUACAUCUGUAGCAGAAACAGUUAGUGUUCCAAAGAUUCCGAGUCCACUGACUGCACCUGGUAUGCUGUCUUCAUCUCAAGGGAUUGCUCGUAGCCGAGGAGUUACCAAUGCCAGGUUUGGUUCGGCGUUGAACAUAGAGACACUCCUUGCUGCAGCAGAACGAAGAGAUCCUCCAAUAGAGCCAUCGUCUGAGGCCCAGGAUAAAAUUUCAUUCAUCGUCAACAACAUCUCUACUACUAACAUGGAAGCUAAAGCCAAAGAAUUUUCAGAGAUUCUAAAGGAGGAAUGCUAUCCUUGGUUUGCACAAUAUAUGGUGAUGAAAAGAGCUAGCAUUGAGCUUAAUUUUCAAGAGAUGUACCUAAAGUUCCUGGAAAAAGUAAAUUUAAAAGCGCUGAAUAAGGAAAUUGUUCAGGCAACAUAUGAGAAUUGCAAGGUUCUUUUAGGUUCUGAGCUCAUAAAAUCAAGUUCUGAAGAGCGCUCUUUGCUAAAGAACUUGGGAAGCUGGCUUGGGAGACUUACAAUUGGCAGAAAUCAAGUUCUUAGGGCUCGUGAUAUUGAUCCCAAAUCUUUGAUUAUAGAGGCCUAUGAGAAAGGAUUGAUGAUUGCUGUUAUUCCUUUUACUUCCAAGAUAUUGGAACCAUGUCAAAGCAGUUUAGCUUAUCAACCUCCAAAUCCUUGGACAAUGGGGAUUCUUGCUUUGCUUGCUGAAAUUUACGCAAUGCCAAACUUAAAGAUGAAUCUUAAAUUUGACAUUGAGGUGCUGUUUAAAAACCUUGGAGUUCAGAUAAAAGAAGUGACGCCCACUUCUCUUUUGAGAGAUCGUGUGCGGGUAGUUGAAGGAAAUCCUGAUUUUUCAAACAAAGAUUUUGUAGCACCACAACCACCAGUUUCUUCUGAAGAUCAAGUGGUAAUACCUGAGCCCAUGGAGCCUCCUAAAUCCCAGCUUCCUGUUCCAAUUUCUCCGUAUGUUGUUCCUCCCGAGGAUGAUAAAGUGGGCAGUAUGGGAUUUUCUGAUCAGCUUCCUUCUGCUCAAGGAUUGCUCCAAUCUACUAGUUCUCAAUCACCGUACAAUAUGACUCAGUUACCUCCUUCAAUUACUAGUCUUGGAGCUCAUGUCGUUGUGAAUUCGAAGCUCAAUAGUAUGGGCCUACACGUGCACUUUCAAAGGGUGCUUCCACUUGCUAUGGAUAGAGCUAUCAAAGAAAUUGUGCCUGGUAUAGUGCAGCGUAGUGUUUCCAUUGCAAAUCAAACAACUAAGGAGCUUGUAAUCAAGGAUUAUGCCUUGGAGUCGGAUGAGAGCCGCAUAUACAAUGCUGCACAUUUGAUGGUUGCUAGUCUUGCUGGAAGCCUAGCUCAUGUGACUUGCAAGGAACCUCUGCGAGGCUCAAUAUCUAGCCAGCUGCGUAAUAUGAUUCAGGGAGUGAAUAUCGGAAGUGAAGUUUUAGAACAGUAUGUGCAGCUUGUGACCAAUGAUAACCUUGACUUGGGCUGUGCCAUAAUUGAACAAGCAGCAACAGAGAAGGCUGUACAAACUAUUGAUGGGGACAUCUCGCAACAGCUGUCAUUAAGAAGGAAGCAUAGAGAAAGUCUUGGUUCCUCAAUAUACGAUGCUAGCAUAUAUGCACAAGGUCCAAUGGGUGUCCUACCAGAAACUCUUCGUCCUACCCCUGGACGCUUGUCUGUUUCCCAGCAACGUGUUUAUGAGGAUUUUGUGCGGCUUCCGUGGCAAAACCAACAGUCAACUCAAAGUGCUAACCCUGCACUUCCUGUUCAUUCUCCUUCUCCUGCUGGUGGGAGCUUCCCACGUGCAUUUAGUGCAUCUUCAGGACAACCAAGUGCGAAUGUUUACUCCUCUGGACUAGGGAAUACUGGGUUUGGUGUGGGUUCUCAGUCCAUUGAUCUGGUUUCGGAGGAGAUGGAAUCAUCAUCAAUUCAGAUGCUAAGCACUUCUGCCCUAAGCCAGAUUAGAACUUCUGAUAGUGUGGGUUCUCAGCGCUCUGAGAUUGAUUCGGCACCUGUUUCUUCUUCUGCUGGGCCACUUCUGGAUCCACAAUCAGCUGAAUCCACUGCAAGUAUUAAGGAAUCUGGAAUAACCUCUCAGCCACUUCCUCUGGGAUCUGCACCUAUAGGAACUGGUCUUUCAGAGCCUUUAUUGACAACUGGAGAUGCGCUGGACAAAUACCAGAUAGUUGAAUCGAAGCUGGAAACAGCACUAGCUAAUGAUGUCAGAGACGGGGAGAUUCAGUCUAUUGUCCUGGAAGUUCCACAGAUCAUACUGAGAUGCGUCAGUCGAGAUGAAGCUGCUGUGGCUGUUGCACAAAAGGUUUACAAAGCUUUGUAUGAGAACGGAGGCAGUAGUUUGCACAUUACUGCUCAUCUUGCAAUUUUAUCUGCUAUCCGUGAUGUGUGCAAGCUUGUGGUGAAAGAGCUUACUAGCUGGGUGAUUUACUCAGAUGAGGAGCGUAAGUUUGAUAAGGACAUUACUGUUAGCCUUAUAAGAAGAGACUUGCUGAACUUGGCUGAAUAUAAUAUUCAUAUGGCAAAGCUUCUUGAUGGAGGAAGGAACAAACUUGCGACAGAAUUUGCUGUUUCCCUUCUUCAAACAUUGGUGAAUGAGGAACCUAAGGUUAUUUCAGAACUGCAGAAUUUAGUUGAAGCUCUACCAAAGCAGCUUGCUGUGAGGCCUGGGUCUCCUGAGUUGCUGCAGCAACUAGUUGAAACUGUGAAGAAUCCGGCUGCUACUGUUGGUGGCCUUACCAGUCCUAAUACUGGAAAAGAUGAUAAGAACAGACAGGCUAGAGACAAAAAGGUUUCUCAAUCUUUGGCAAGUAGGGGCGGCUACAACAAUUUAGAGGUCAUGGAGCCCGAUGCCUCUAAUUUCCAGAAGCAGGUUUCUCCACUUUUUGCAGAAUGGUACCAGAUAUGUGAAGUUUCUUCUGGUUUUGAUAAUGCAUGCAUGAGAUUCGUUCUACAGCUACAUCAAAGUGGUUUACUUAGAGGGGAUGAUAUAACAGACCGCUUUUUCCGGGUUCUUUUGGAAAUAUCUGUGUCACAUUUUGGUGAAGUGGUGCAACAAUCACCUAAACAACCACCUCACCUAAUCCAGACCUCCUUCCUUGCCAUUGAUAGCUAUGCUAAACUAGUAUAUUCAAUCUUAAAGCAUUGCCCAGUGGAUCAGGGAACUAGCAAACUGUUUCUCUUACCCAAGAUAUUAGUGGUAACUGUCAGAUCGAUUCAAAAAGAUGCGGAUGAAAAGAAAGAAGAAUUUAAUCCCAGGCCAUAUUAUAGGCUCUUUAUAAAUUGGUUGUUAGACUUUGGUUCAUUAGACCCUGUGCACGAUGGUAUUAAUUUCCAGGUUUUGUCAGCUUUUGCAAAUGCAUUCCAUGCCUUGCAGCCCCUUAAAGUACCUGCUUUCAGCUUUGCGUGGCUUGAGCUUGUUAGUCACAGAACUUUCAUGCCUAAAUUGCUUGCUGGGAACUCUCAGAAAGGAUGGCCCUUGCUUCACCGUUUGUUGGUGGAUUUGUUCCAGUUCAUGGAGCCUUUCUUGAGGAAUGCUGAAAUGGGAGAAUUGAUACGCUUUCUGUACAAAGGAACUCUGAGAGUGCUGCUUGUGCUGCUGCAUGAUUUUCCAGAAUUCCUGUGCGACUAUCAUUUCAGCUUUUGUGAUGUUAUUCCCCCUAGCUGCAUACAGAUGCGAAAUAUUAUCCUCAGUGCUUUUCCUCGCAACAUGAGACUUCCAGAUCCUUCAACUCCAAAUUUGAAGAUUGAUUUGCUGGAAGAGAUGAGCCAAGCACCUCGUAUAUUGUCCGAUGUGGAUGCAGUUCUGAAGGCAAAGCAAAUGAAAGCAGAUGUUGAUGAGUAUCUCAGGACAAGGCAACAAUCGUCUCCAUUUCUCAGUGAACUGAAGCAGAGAUUUCUACUUCCACCUAGUGAGGUCACACAUGCUGGGACCUGUUAUAAUGUACCUCUGAUCAAUUCACUUGUGCUGUAUGUUGGAAUUCAGGCAGUUCAGCUUCUUCAGGCACGAAAUCGGUCCCAAUCUCAACCAGUCAGUUCUGAUCCGUUGGCAAUCAAAGCAGCGUUAGAUAUUUUUCAGACUUUGAUGAGGGAUUUAGAUACAGAGGGCCGCUAUCUGUUCCUAAAUGCGAUUGCUAAUCAGUUGCGUUAUCCAAAUACUCAAACACAUUACUUUUCCGUCGUCCUUCUCUACUUAUUCACUGAUGCACACCAGGAAAUUGCUCAGGAGCAAAUUACCAGAGUAUUGUUAGAAAGGCUAAUCGUAAAUAGGCCACAUCCGUGGGGUCUGCUGAUUACAUUUAUCGAAUUAAUCAAGAACCCUGGAUACAAUUUCUGGAACCGUUCCUUCACUAGGUGUGCACCUGAAAUUGAAAAACUGUUUGAGUCUGUUUCGAGAUCAUGUGGGGGCCAAAAGCCUGUUAAUGAAAGCAUGGUUGGCUCAGGAGGUUUGUCCGAAAGCGCCCAUUGAAGUAAAACUUUAUUUGUAAAUGUCUUAGUUAGAAUUAGUCUUCUAACAUGAUUAGAAGGGGCUGUAAAAAUGUAACAGAACUGUGAAUAUUGCACAUUUUCAGAUGUACCAACAAGAUGGGUAUAGUUAACGCGUUUUCUUAAAUCACUGUUCAUUUUGUACAUUUAAGUUUCUAGCUGCAACUUUGACCUACUAGACAAUUUAUAUGUAACUUUUUUUUUGAAUUGUAGUCGGUUAAAAGCUAAAUUUACAUUAGGAAAUGAUAUAGUACUUGUCUUUAUUGA